AUGUCGACAGUGUAUGUGUUGGAGCCGCCGACGAAGGGAAAGGUGAUACUGACUACGUCGUAUGGCCCGCUGGACAUCGAACUCUGGCCUAAGGAGGCGCCCAAGGCCGUCCGCAACUUCGUACAGCUGUGCCUCGAAGGCUACUACAACGACACCGUUUUCCACCGUGUCAUCAAGUCGUUCCUAGUCCAAGGAGGUGAUCCAACCGGCACUGGAGAAGGUGGUGAGAGUAUAUAUGGCGGUGUUUUUCCUGAUGAAUUUCAUUCUCGUCUAAGAUUUAAGCACAGGGGUUUGGUUGCCUGUGCUGGUGCUAACACACCAAAUUCGAAUGGCAGCCAAUUCUUUAUGACCUUGGAUCGUUGUGAUUGGCUCGACAAGAAGCACACAAUAUUUGGAAAAGUAACUGGAGAUUCAAUAUUUAAUCUCUUACAAUUAGGUGAAGUGGAGACUGGUAAGGAUGAUAGACCAGUGGAACCGCUUCCAAGAAUACUUUCCGUUGAGGUGGUGUGGAAUCCAUUUGAUGACAUUGUCCCCAGGAAAAUCGCUGCGAAGUCCUUACCGCCAUCUGAGAAGAAAGAAACAAAGCAAAAGGUUACAAAGAAGUUGAACUUGCUUUCAUUUGGAGAGGAAGCUGAAGAAGAGGAGAAGGAAAUCGCAGCUGCCAAUACCAGAAUAAAAAGCAGUCAUGAUGUUUUGAAUGAUCCUCGCCUCCUCAAAGAAGGCCCUGAAAAUGAUUUGAACCCUGCCGAACGUCAAAAAGCAAAGGAUGCUCAGUUAAUCGUGAGAGAAGCUCUCAGUUCAAAGAAAGAUCAACAAAAGGAAUUAGGGCCUGGAUUUUCUGGAUCCAUUGAUAGUGAUGAAGAUGAGUCCAGCUUUGAUGCAAGAAUGCGUCAGCAGAUACUUAGAAGAAGGAAGGAGCUGGGGGACCUGCCAGCUAAGAAAGAAUUGCAUCAAGGUGAGAUGGAAACUAUUUCGGAUAUAACUAAUGAUCACGAUGAAAAGCCAAAAAAGGAUAAAUUAUCGAUCAAGAAGAAAGGAAUAGGAUCCGAAGUAAGGGCUGAACGCAUGGCCAAUGCAGACACUGAUUUGCAGUUGCUUGGGGAAGCUGAACGGACAAGACAGCUGCAAAAACAGAAGAAACGCAGGCGUCAAGGACAUGAAGACGAGGUACUAGCAAAACUCGAACGUUUUAAGUCGGCUUUCUCGACCAAAUUCGAAGGAUCGAAUAAUGGAAAUGCUGGUGGCGAGAAGAAGGAUGAUCACAAUAAUAAUGAUGAUGACGAUGAUGACGAUGAUGUUGAUUUAUCAGACUGGAUGAAAGUUGAGCUAAAAUUUGCUCGUGAGCCUGGGAAGGAUAACAUGUCACGAAGUGACGACCCAAAUGACUAUGUAGUACAUGACCCACUCCUUGAAAAGGGAAAAGAGAAAUUCAACCGAAUGCAGGCCAAGGAAAAACGAAGGCAACGCGAAUGGGCCGGGAAAUCUAUUUCUUGA